CAACGCUUUCGCGAACAGUCAAGCAAGUGUCAAAAAUCAAAAUUGUGGGUGUAGUCCUUCUAUACAAAAUAAAAUAAAAUCAAAGCCGGUAUGUGAAAAAAAUACACAAAUCUAAAUUAAUCCAACAGUAUUUAUUUACCUCGUUCUAAAAUGGAAGAUACAAACUCCACCACAACUUCUAAACCUUACAAAAUCUGCGACGCUUCUAGAAGAACAAAGAAAGGCAUCGUCGCAUCUAGUUUAGAAGACUUGAUACAAAAACUUCCUGAAAAAUUGGGGCGUACAGAACCCUCCGAAACCGUAACAAUAGUCCUGGAAAACGACGGCACCGAAGUGGAUGAAGAAGACUACUUCUCAACCCUCGAAGACAACACUUGCCUAAUGGCUUUGUAUGAUACAGAAAGAUGGACAAGUGAAAUUCCCCAAUGCCAUAUUACUCUAGACACAACCGACGACUCUUCGGGGCAACGAAGGCUUCCCAGCUUAGUCGGGCAACUCAAGCAAAACAUAUGCCACGUAUCAGUCUUAGGAGGCCCUGAUUUGGAGUUGCUGUCGGAUAUGGAUCCUGAUAGUGUAGCUGAUAUACUGUUUCCGAAUGACAAGGAGUUUUUGGAGACUUUAAAAGAAGCUUCAGGGAGAAUUUUGUGCGAGAAGAGGCAAGCUCAGGACGCUAUGGAGCUGCUGAAUUUGUAUCAUAAGAGCGUGCAAGCCACUAACGAGGAGGCUAACGGGGUUCAACCAGAAAUGGCCUAAGGGGGUAAAUGCAAGCAUUGUGGAUGAAAUCUCAAAGCUCAAGAACCGAAGGUUAUAAUUUUUUAUACGAACGAAACACCAUUUAGACAGUUAAAGGAAUUGACUAAUUAGUAAGAUCUCAUUUUUAUAAAUAUAUAUCAAG